GAUUACCUGUCAAAGGUUGAAGCUCUGAUGAGAAAAUACCCAGCUCCACCUGAGGAAGAGCUCCACCCAGAGGUCUGUGCUGAGAAGGCCUGGACCCUGAUGAAGUUUGACAAAGAGAAGAAGCUGCAGGCUGCAGAGCUCUUCCAGAGAGCUGUGAGGAUGCAGCCAGACAACGUGGAAUGGCAGACCAGCUGGGCCAUAUUAUCAGCAGAUCCCUUCAAAGCUUACAUGAAGGACAUGACUCCUGAUGUCUUGGAAAAAGUGAAAUCUGCCACAGAACGAGAUCCAGACAACUUGUAUGUUGCUGCUCUUUAUCUGGAUGCACAAGGUGCAAAGGGAGAACAAAUUCAGGAUGAAGCAAAAGAUUUAGUUGUAAAGAUUCUAGAAAAGCCAAUGCACAACUACUGUGGGAUCAACCUACUAAUGAAGCUGUAUACAAAGUACAUAUCUGUAGACGAAGCCAUUGAAAUAGCCGACGAGGUCUUGAAGAGACAUCCUGAUUCACGUUUUGUAAAGAGGUCUGCAGCAAAAUGCUACACAAAGAAAAUAUUUUCUCAGGAAGGCAAUCCUGAUCCCAGAAUAAUUAACAAAACAAUCCAUCUGUGGGAAGAAGUGAUUGAUGCUUACUCUGAAUGUUCCCUGAAAGAAAAAAUAUCUCUAGCUGCCAUCUAUUCAAAGGUAGACAUAGAGAAAGCUGACCAGAUUUACAGAGAGCUUCUGGACAGAGAAGAUCUGGAUCCAGCAGAAAAACAGAUGCUUUACAAAUAUUAUGCAGACUAUUUAUACUUUGAUAAGAAUGAUACAUGUGGGUCUAUUGAAUACCACAUGAUGGCAGUAGAGAUUCAAGAAGAAUCUGUUUAUCGACAGUUUAGUAUUGAUAAACUGAAGAACAUAAAAAGACUCAGGGACCCUGAAAUGCAGAGAAGGAUCAAGGAGCUCCUGACAUCCCUGGGAAUAAACCAGUGA